GGGAACUCACAGCUGAGAUUCAGCCACGAGCCUGCAACUUGGGAGAAAGCCCUUGGAGGGGUACAGAAGACAAGGAGAGAGCUGCCCCAAAGUGGAUGGGCUGUCUGUCAUUGGAGAUAGUGACUCCCCUUCCUUGAAGGUCUUCAAGUAAAGACCUGCUGACCACUUCUCAGGACUUGAAGGAAAUCAAAGAAGGGAAGUAUGAAAAUGACAGGAGAAUUCUUCGGUUUUCUGUUGUUAUAUGGAGUAAUCUCUCUCUCUAGCCAGGACCUUCACAACCGUUUUAAACGAGGAGCUAGAUCCUACACAGGUACCUGCAAAGAUGAAGAAACCCAGAUGGUUUACAAGAAAGGGCAAUCAUGGCUACGUCCUGCACUCAGAAGUAACCGGGUAGAAUUUUGCAGGUGUGAUAAUGGCUACCCCCGGUGUCACAGCACACCUGUCCAAACUUGCAGUGAGCCAAGGUGCUUCAAUGGUGGCAUUUGCAAGCAGGCCUUGUAUUUCUUCGAUUUUGUCUGCCAGUGUCCCAGAGGCUUUACAGGAAAACAAUGUGAAAUAGAUACUAAUGCAGAGUGCUACGAAGACAAGGGCUUCACCUACAGGGGGAUGUGGAGCACAAGUGAAAGUGGGGCUGAGUGUGCAAACUGGAGGCAGAGUGGCCUGUACUCCAAACAGUACAACGGGCAGAGGCCAAACGCCCUCAAGCUGGGACUUGGGAACCACAACUAUUGCAGGAACCCAGACAAAAGCUCCAAGCCCUGGUGUUACAUCUUCAAGGAUGGAUUUUAUAUCGGGGAGUACUGCAGCAUCCCGUCCUGCUCAAAGAGUCUCACUAACGAUUGCUUUACUGGAAAUGGCACAUUGUACCGGGGUAUUCAGAGCAGAACUGAAUCAGGCAAUUCUUGCCUGAAGUGGAAUUCCCCACGUCUGAUACUUAAAACUUACACAGCAUGGAAGAAGAAUGCACAUGACUUGGGCCUGGGCAGUCAUAAUUUUUGCCGGAAUCCAGACAAUGACAGAAAACCCUGGUGCUACGUGCUGAAGGACAACCUGGAGACAUGGGAAUACUGUGAUGUGCCCAAAUGCUCUACUUGUGGCCUGCGGCAGUAUAAAGAAAGCCAAUUUCGAAUUAAAGGAGGCUUCUUCGCUGACAUCACCUCUCAUCCUUGGCAGGCUGCCAUCACGACCUUGGACAGGAGAUCCCCUGGGAAAACACAUUUUCUGUGUGGAGGAAUACUGAUUGACUCCUGCUGGGUUCUCUCUGCAGCCCACUGCUUUCAGGAGAGGUACAAAGUCCAUGAAAUUAGGGUGGUUCUAGGCAGCACCUACCGGGAGAAGAAAGAAGAGGAUGAACAAGUGUUUGAAGUGGAAAAAUACAUCAUCCAUGAAAAAUUUGUUUCAGAGACUUUUGACAAUGACAUUGCUCUCUUGCAUCUGAAACCUAAAGCUGACUCAUUACAAUGUGCCCAGGAAACCAAGUCUGUGCGGACCGUCUGCCUUCCUGAUGCAGGCCUGCAACUGGCUGACUGGACAGAAUGUGAGCUGUCUGGCUACGGCAAACACGAGGAGAAUUCUCCCUUCUACUCUGAGAGACUGAAGGAGGGCCACGUCCGUCUGUACCCAUCCAGCCGCUGCACGUCACGGCACCUGUUUAAUAAAACAGUCACAGAGAACAUGCUCUGUGCCGGGGACACGAGAAGUGGCGGGAAGGAAGGAAACUUACACGAUGCCUGCCAGGGUGACUCAGGAGGUCCUCUUGUGUGUAUGAAGGACAAUCGUAUGCAUCUGAUUGGCAUCAUCAGCUGGGGCAUAGGAUGUGGAGAGAAAGAUGUUCCAGGUGUAUACACCAAGGUUAUCAAUUACCUCAAGUGGAUCGAGGACAAGAGGAGGCUGUGAACAAUUUUUAAAAAACUGCAAUUGUCCUCAUUAUCUAAUGGUCUCCCACCUACUUCCCUCUCAGAUGAAGCACUGAAAAGACUAAGGUGCAGCUUUUUUUUUUUUAAUCAGAUUUCUCCAUAAACUGUCAGACAAUGAGAAUAGGAGAGAAAAAGGGAGAAGGAGUGAGCAUAUAUAUUUUUAAGGUACUUUUCCGCUUUGGAAGUUAUCAGGAGUUAAAGUUUGGUUUUAAUUUGUAAUCUGUCAGGAGGAUACACAGAAAGAUAAAUUGCAAUCACCCUGGGGAAAUACCACCACCUAGGGACAGACAGACAGACAGACAAGCAGACGGGAAGACGGGGAGAAGAAAAAAAGCCAAGCAUGAGGUUAGAAAAAUGAGACCACAAAGAUAAAAACAAUAUCACCAUAAUGAGAA